AUGUUCCUCCUCAGGUCGUCACUAUCCGCCCUUCUCCUUUUCGUUGCGACCACCUUCACAACAGUGUUGUCCGCUUCCCUCACAAUCACCAUUCCUCCUUCGAAUCUGCUACCCAACCCUAACACCCUCCCGGCUGGGACACACGCGACCUUAACCUCAUUACCGUCACCGAAGGAUAGGGAAGAUGCCAAAAGUCACGUACCUCAUCCCUUGACGGCCCCGCUCACCCGCUCGGCUUCUUUCGUCUUCCGGGACCUCAAGGGGACAAAACCGGAGUCCUACCUGCUCGAUAUCCGAUCGGCCGAGUAUAUCUUUGCCCCGUACCGGGUGGACAUCUCUGCAGAUGGAACUGUCCUGGGCGUGUGGGAGACUUACAGGGGAAACCCAUGGGACAACCGCGGCCCGGAGAAGUUCGUUGUCGAUGCUGCUGCUGGCAACGGCGCCAAAGCCUCAGAGGUGACGGUGGAAGCCAAAGUCUUGGCUAGAAGAGGAUUCUAUGAAGAAAGAGCUAGAUUCUCGCCUCUUUCGCUCUUCAAAAACCCUAUGAUAUUGUUGGCUUUGGUCGCACUGGGCUUCACCUUCGGAAUGCCGAAACUUAUGGAGAAUAUGGACCCGGAAAUGCGUGCUGAAUUCGAGAAGCAAUCACGCUCCUCCCCGAUCUCUGGUGCUACGCGCAAUGCUAUGGCUGGUGGCGGCGGGCCUGGGAAUUUCGAUCUCGCCGGCUGGAUGGCCGGUGCCACCCCAAGGCAAACCGCUGAGACGGAUCCUGGAGCCCCCCGGGGAGCCGCAACCGGUCGGGAAACUGGAGGUACUACGCGCAGACGAGGUUGA